CAAUAUAUUUUCAUAUUUCAGCAAUUUUUCAUAAUCGAGGGUCCAAUUCAAGCCCGUUACAAGCCCAACCCGUCCGGUGAUAAACACGAGAACUGCACGUGCCAUAUUGUUUAAGCAUUAAUGCUCGCUUUUUCCCUUUUUGGUUUCUUUUAACCAUUGAUUAAUAGUCGAUUGUCUUAGCAGAGACAAGCUAUUACCGAGUUAGGGCAUCUGAGUUGACUCAGAUGUCGUACUUAAGGGAAGGAAGGUCAGUUACAGGGGGAAGAGGACGUCGGUCAAGGUCAUUGUCAAGGUCCCGACGGAGCUGCUUCAGGUCUAGGAGCCGCGACUCUCAGGAUGCAGCCAAUCUAGGAAAUAACUUAUAUGUAACUGGCUUAUCCACAAGGGUUACCACCAGUGAUCUUGAGAAGUAUUUCAGCAAUGAAGGAAAGGUUGUGGAGUGCCAUCUGGUUACAGAUCCUUGCACCAGAGAAUCUCGUGGAUUUGCUUUUGUGACCAUGGAAACCAUUGAGGAUGCAGAACGCUGUAUCAAGUAUUUGAAUCGCUCAGUGCUUGAAGGUCGAUUAAUUACUGUGGAAAAGGCAAAAAGGUCCCGAGGAAGAACACCGACUCCUGGGAGGUAUCAGGGGUUGCGAGACAGGAGAGGACAAGGUCGCAGACAGUCUCAUAGUUACUCACCUCGACGACAUGAUAGAGAUCAUUAUGCAAGGGGUAGGCAAGGAAGAUCACGUUCUCAUUCUCCAUAUGGUAGGAGAUGAGAUUGAUUAUGACUCAUAUAGGAGGCGCAGAGAAUGCUCCUUGUCUGGUGCUGGCUGAGGUUAUUGCAGAUGAGAGAAAAUUAUUCUCCAUGUGGUAGGAGAAGGGAUGAUUAUUACUCAUAUAGGAGGUGCAGAGCAUGCCCCUUGUCUGCUGAUGGCAAUGGUUAUAAUAGAUGAGAAGUAAUCAUUCGAGUUGCAAGCGAUCGUGCCACCACAGUUCAGUAGUUUCAUACUUUCAGUAGAUGAAUUAAUUCGGUUUUCCUGAUUAAUAUGGUAUCAAUAUAAUUGUUACCCUUUUAUCUCAUCUGUAUUUAUGAUGUACCCUAAACAUUUGUAUGACAUUAACUUGGCUUUGUUUUUGCAACUAGCCAUGAUGAUAGGUGAACAAUGUGACCAGAAACAUUAGAAAAUGCUGCAUUUAUCAAGAGAUGAAAUUCUGGGUUUGAGAGGAUCCUGGUAUCCAAGGCUUAUGAUGACAGAUUGUGCACAUGUUGGAAUCAAUUUUGGAGGGAAAAAACCUUGACGCAAAAGAAUUUUUGUUAAAUUCAUCGAAAGCACCAAUGCUUGCCCUGCUUUGGCAUGGAAAAAAAAUCCAAAAGAAACAAAUUUGAGCAGGUAAGUUUGAAAUUUGAAUAUUGUAUUUGAAGCAACUCUCUUUAAAUGAUUGGGAAAUGGGUAAAGAGAAAAAUAAAAUAUAUUGACAUUAAA